AUGAAAACACACUCAGGGGCACACCAUGUUCAUAUUGCGCUGGCGGAUCUGGGUCUACCAUUCGAUGAGGUCACUGACUACAGCAAACCGAGGAAGCCUGAGUAUCUCAAGAUCAAUCCUAAUAGAAAAGUUCCCACAUUGACAUAUGGUGACCAUGUCAUUUUCGAGUCGGCUAUUAUCGCGCAGUUUCUGGCCGACUCAGUCGCAUCGAUGCAUUUGACUCCGCGCACUGAGGAAGCCCAAGGACCCUUCAUGCGCGAGAGGAUCUCCUUCUUCAUCAAAACAUACUUUUCAAAAGCCAACGUAUACUACUGCCGGACAAUCGAAGCCAAAACUGAUGACGAUACCGAGGAGCUCGGAACACGCUAUUUUGAUGACGUCGUCAAAAAGCUCUACGGGAGUAUUCCAACGACCCAUCUCAUCAGCACGCCAUCUUCACCCGAAUUUGAGGAGGGAUUAGUAGGUCAACAGUCGUCCGUCAAAGCCGAAAAACUGAAGUCCGAGGAAGAGAGCAACAAAACAUGA